AGUAGAUGCGGCGGUCAUGGACGGUGGUUACGAUCAAACCGGAGGAGCCUCUAGAUACUUUCACAACCUCUUCAGGCCUGAGCUUCAACACCAGCUUCAACCUCAGCCUCAACUUCAGCCUUUGCCUCAGCCUCAACAGCAGCAAUCAGAUGAUGAAUCUGACUCCAACAAGGAUCCGGGUUCCGACCCAGUUACCUCGGGUUCAACUCCUGGAAAACGUCCACGUGGACGUCCUCCGGGAUCUAAGAACAAGCCGAAGCCACCGGUGAUAGUUACAAGAGAUAGCCCCAACGUGCUUAGAUCUCAUGUUCUUGAAGUCUCAUCUGGAGCCGACAUAGUUGAGAGCGUUACCACUUACGCUCGCCGGAGAGGGAGGGGUGUCUCCAUACUCAGUGGUAACGGCACGGUGGCUAACGUCAGUAUCCGUCAGCCGGCAGCGGCUCAUGGGGCUAAUGGUGGAACCGGAGGUGUUGUGGCUCUACAUGGAAGGUUUGAGAUACUUUCCCUCACCGGUACGGUGUUACCUCCGCCUGCGCCGCCGGGAUCCGGUGGUCUUUCUAUCUUUCUUUCCGGCGUUCAAGGUCAGGUGAUCGGAGGAAACGUGGUGGCUCCGCUUGUGGCUUCGGGUCCAGUGAUACUAAUGGCUGCAUCGUUCUCUAAUGCAACUUUCGAAAGACUUCCGCUUGAAGAUGAAGGAGGAGAAGCGGCAGGAGGAGAAGUUGGAGAAGUUGGAGAAGGAGGAGGAGGAGGAGGAGGAGGAGGUGGUGGUCCACCGCCGGCCACGUCAUCAUCACCACCUUCUGGAGCCGGUCAAGGACAGUUAAGAGGUAACAUGAGUGGUUAUGAUCAGUUUUCCGGUGAUCCUCAUUUGCUUGGUUGGGGAGCCGCAGCGGCCGCACCAAGACCACCUUUUUAGAAUUGAAAAUUAUGUCCGUAACAUAGCUGUAACCAAAUUUCAUUUUUCAGAAUUAUAAGAAGAAAAAAAAAUAUCUUAUGAUACCGACUUCUUAAUGAUUUGGGGUUCGUUUGGUUUUAAAUUUAGUUGAUCAUAUGACUAUUUGAAUUCGUCUUCAAAUAUACUUCUCCAUCUCCAUUUUCUCUUCUUUUUUAAUCAAUAGGGUUUCGUGCU